AUGGCCGCAACGUCCAGCUCGUCUGCCAGGCCAAAAGAUGAGGUGAACCAGAUUCCUGGUACCUUCAUGCUGAAGGAAGGUCGGGGACUUUUUUCCUCCUCACACAAUGACCAGUGGACUUACUUCUGUAUUACAGUGCGAGGCGACGGCGAUACCGCGGUCGUAUUGUUUCCAGAACCGACCUCAGAUCCAAAUGAUCCUCUGAACUGGCCGAAAUGGCUCAAAGUGGUGAACUUCGGAUCCGCAUCCGUUUUCGUGUUCUUUACCUUCGUCCUGAUCAACAUUCUCUAUAUUCCCUACGCGAUGCUCGUGGCAGACCUCAACUUUGCCUUUGGCGACUUUACCAAAGCGCUUGCCUUGUGCUUUACAGGCAUGGCCAUAGGCUCAGUGCUGUUCUUGCCCUGGCUCCACAAAUUGGGUCGACGGCCCUUGUACUUGUUCAGCUCCUGCAUCCAAUUUGCCGCAGGAGUAUGGUUGUCCGAGAUGCAUUCCAGGGGCGAAUUGAUCGCAGCGUACUUUAUCUCCGGCCUAGGUGGUGGUCUUAGUGAGACGCUGCUUCAAAUUACCAUCGUCGACCUAUACUUCGUCCAUCAGCGUGCCACGAUGAGCGCACUCUUUGUGCUGGUGCAGACUUCAGGGUCGUGUCUAGGUCCUCUUGCAGCAGGCUAUAUUGUCAUGGGUCAAGACUGGAGGUGGAUGUGGAGGUGGUGUGCCAUUUUCCUUGGUGUCAACCUGCUCCUGGUGUUCUUUUUCUUCGAGGAAUCCAAGUACAUUCCUGCUCUCCACGGCGAGCCGAUUCGGGAAGCCAUACCACCACAACAGGAUCCCAAAGGAAAAUCGCAGGAUACCCUAGCACCAGCACAUGAUACUGAGGAGCAGCAGCAGCAGACGACUAUUUCGACAGCGACCCGCCCUGCCAUCAACCCACUCAUCAAACGGAAGACAUACCUCCAGCGUCUCGCCUUAUUUACCAACACAGAUGCCCCCAUCAAGCACCAUUUCUACCAGCCGUUUGUCUUAUUAUUUUCUUUCCCGGCAGUGUUCUACGCAGCUUUGACCUAUGGAACCUUGACGACAUGGUAUUCAACCCUCAUCUCGAUCACGGACUCCAUCGUCCCUUAUCCUCCGUACAACUUCAGCCCAGCGAGCGUAGGUCUGCUCACUUUCUCGGUGAACGUUGGUAGCAUUAUCGGAGCCUUUGUCGGUGGGCCUAUUUGCGAUAAGUCAAUCGUCUGGCUCUCUGGGAGAAACAAAGGAGUCUUCGAGCCAGAAAUGCGUCUAUACAUGGCAUUGAUGGCUACCAUUCCAGCCGUUGCAGGCAUUCUGAUGGUGGGAGUGGGCCUAGCACAUGAGCUUCACUGGGCAUUCAUUGCCGUAGGAUUUGGCCUCUUCGGCUUCGCUUGGAUUGUUAUGGGCGAUGUCUCUAUCGCAUAUGUAACUGACUGCUAUCAAGAUUUGGUUGGAGACGUUCUUGUUGCCGUGGUGUUUGCUCGUAACGUCUGUUCGAUUGCCGUUCAGUUUGGGCUGUCCCCGUGGCUCAAGGCAGUCGGGCUUCAGGAUCUGACAAUCUCUGCCGCCAUGAUUGCUCUGUUUUUCAUGCUUAUGCCUAUUCCUCUCCUGUUCUGGGGCAAGAAGGCCAGAGCAAGGACCGCCGAGAAAUAUCGACGACUGGCGCACGAAUUGCCGUCUUAUCGUGCCACCUAG